AUGGUGAUAAAAUUGAAAAUAAAUGAUACAAAUGAGAAUGUGAGUCGGUUGCGAUCUAUAUCGUCUCAGCUAAUAGCAUGUUCUUCUUCAUUUUUAUUAUUAUUUGACUUGGGAAUGGCGAUAAAUUUUUCAACAAUUAUAAUACCAGCAUUACUUGACUCUAAGGGGGAAUUAUCAUUUGAUGAAAGCCAGGCUUCUUGGUUCGGGAGCAUAUCAUUUCUAGCCCAACCAAUUGGAGCAAUAGUUUCUGGUCCCUUAGUAGAUUAUGUAGGACGCAAGAAGGCCAACUUUUUAGUUAAUAUACCGAUGAUAGCGGCUUGGCUUCUUAUGUACUUUGCUUGGAAUCUACCCUCGCUCUUCACUGCCAAUGCCCUGUUAGGAAUUAGUUCGGGAAUCAUGGAAGCCCCUAUUAAUUCUUAUGUUGGUGAAAUAAGCGAACCGUCAAUCCGCGGAGCAUUGUGCACCUUAACACAAUUCUUCUCAUCGUUCGGUAUACUGGUUAUGUAUUUCCUGGGAACUUUCAUGCAGUGGCGAAAUGCUGCCCUCAUGUGUCUCAUAGCGCCCGUUGCUUCCAUGAUCACUGUUGCAUUUUCACCAGAAACUCCAGUAUGGCUAUUAACAAGGAAUCGUGAAAAGGAAGCGCUUAAGUCACUUUGUACGCUGCGAGGAUGGACUACUCCAGAUAAUGUCAAGGAAGAAUUCACUGAUCUUCUCGACUAUAGCAAGAAAUUACAGCAAUGUGUGAUAUGUUGCAGUACAAACCAGGACUAUAAAAGUUGUCCUCAUGAGUCCAUGAAUUGGUUUAUAAGGCGUGUUCUCAAAUUCAGAUAUGUAAUAAUGUGUAAAGAAACUGUAAGGCCAUUGACACUCGUGGUAAUGUACUUCUUAUUUUUUGUGAUGAGCGGACUUACGCCAAUUAGACCGAAUCUGGUCAAUGUGUGUGGAGCUUUUGGUAUGGCCCAGGACAGCAAGCAAGUUGUGCUGCUCGUCGGAGUGAUCACAUUUUUGGUUUGUUUCCUUACUAUUGGUCUGAUAAAAAUGUUGGGUAAACGAAAGUUGGUGAUAUCGUCAAUGUUCGGAAGCGCAAUUUGUUGUUUACUCUUAAGUAUGUACGCGGCGAAGGUCUUGGACGAAUCUGUGUCAUCUUAUCAUCCUGAGACAUUUCCUAAGACAACAAGUUUGACACCAUUGAUAUUAUUUUAUUUCAUGACGAUAUUCACUGGUUUGGGGAUACCGUGGGUACUGCUUGGAGAGCUGUUUCCAUUUAGAAGCCGCGCCACAGCCCAGGGUUUAUCAGCUGCUAGUUUCUACGUUUUUUCAUUUCUUGGCUCAAAAACCUUCAUCAAUCUUGAGAACAGUGUGAAAUUAUGGGGAACUUUUGCUACAUAUGCAGCUUUCGGUUUUGCCGGUACGAUAUAUUUGUACUUUUUCUUGCCAGAAACGGAAGGCAAGUCAUUGCAAGAAAUUGAAAACUAUUACAAUGGACGAUUUAGAAUAUUUGCUGACGAUCCCGUUAUAAACAAAUUAAAAAGACUAGGGAGAUAA